AUGUUACGAAACUUCGCAAAAGUUGUACAAAUCCAAAAAGCGAAAUUUGCUGCCGCAGCGGCGCCGGCGCCACAACCUCAAACUAGCCCGGAAAUUUUGUACACUGGCCUCUUCAUAAACAAUGAAUGGGUAAAGUCAUCAGAUGGAAAGACAUUCCCAACUGAAAAUCCAGCUACUGAAAAGAUAAUUGCUGAAGUACAACAGGCUAGCAAAGCAGAUGUGGAUAAGGCUGUUAAAGCUGCGAAAGAUGCAUUCAGAUUUGGAUCCCCAUGGAGGCGAAUGGAUGCUUCAGAGCGAGGCUACUUGCUCAACAAGUUGGCUGAUCUUGUUGACAGGGAUAAAGUUUAUUUAGCUAGUUUAGAAACGCUCGACAAUGGCAAACCGUACUUGGCGUCUUACUACGGUGAUGUGACUGCACUGUCCAAGAACCUGCGGUACUACGCGGGAUGGGCCGACAAGAACCACGGCAUGGUGCUGCCCACUGACGGAAAUUACUUCGCGUACACACGCCAUGAGCCUGUCGGCGUCUGCGGUCAAAUCAUUCCGUGGAACUUCCCAUUACUGAUGGCGGGUUGGAAACUAGGUCCGGCGCUCGCGACUGGCAACACCGUAAUUUUGAAGCCGGCGGAACAAACACCCCUCACUGCUUUGUAUUUAGCCCAACUGACUAAGGAAGCGGGAUUCCCACCCGGUGUUGUGAACGUGUUGCCUGGCUUUGGUGACACCGGUGCUGCUAUUGUCGACCACCCAGAUGUUGACAAAAUCGCUUUUACCGGUUCGACUGAAGUAGGCAAGGCUAUUCAGCGCGGCGUCGCGGACAGCAUCAAGCGGCUGACGCUAGAGCUCGGCGGCAAGUCGCCCAACAUUGUGUUUGCUGACGCGGACCUCGAUUACGCCGUAGAGAAAGCGCACAUGGCCGUUUUCUAUAAUAUGGGGCAGUGCUGUUGUGCAGGUUCCCGCACUUUCGUCGAAGAUUCAAUAUACGAUAAGUUCGUUGAAAUGUCUGUGGAGCGGGCGAAGCGUCGUGUGGUGGGCGACCCGUUCGCCGCAGACACCGAGCAGGGCCCGCAGGUGGACGGCGAGCAGCGCGCGCAGGUGCUGCGCCUGAUCGAGAGCGGCAAGCGGCAGGGCGCGCGGCUGGUGGCGGGCGGCGAGCGCGCGGGCCACGUGGGCUACUUCGUGCAGCCGACCGUGUUCUGCGACGUGCGCGACCACAUGGACAUCGCGCGCCGAGAGAUCUUCGGCCCGGUGCAGCAGAUCAUGAAGUUCUCGCAGAUCGACGAGCUGCUGGAGCGCGCCAACGACACGCACUACGGCCUCGCCGCCGCCCUCUUCACCGGGGACUUGGACAAGGCCAACUAUCUCAUCCAGGGCCUGCGUGCCGGCACCGUUUGGGUGAACGACUACAACGUUUUCGGCAACCAAGUGCCAUUCGGCGGCUACAAGCAGUCCGGCAUCGGCCGUGAAAACGGACCCUACGGUAUACACAAUUACACCGAAGUGAAGAGUGUCAUCGUAAAGAUCACCGAAAAGAACUCGUAA